ACGAAUGGCGGGUAAAAGGCGGCUCAUGUUUCCAUAGACGAUGAUGGCGACGGCGACGGCGACGGCAGCGGCUACGGUCUCAUCCGACAGCAACUGAUCCGCUAGACACAAGUCUUCAACUGAGCUUACAACACCUCUGCUCCUGACAUUCUUCUCUUCGAAUCACCUGCCUUUGCAUCUACCGGAAUGGCACUGCUGAAGGAAGCGAACAUUCGUCAUGACUUUGAGAAUCAUGACUAUGAAGGAUUUUCGACUUCCUCUCAUCCCCUACAGGCGCUGAAUGGAUCGGGCGGGCCGCCGAGCAAGGCUGUUCUCUCAGCUUUGCGCACGUUGCAGGACAAGAUCAAGAUGCUCGAGGAUGACAGGCAGCAGCUGCAGACGCGUUUGAAGGAGUCGGAGGAAGCUCGAGAGAGAGAGGAUCAACAGCACCGCUUGCUUGAGCGACAGCUGCAACUUCAACUUCAGGAAUCUGUCAAGACGCUCAACAUUCGACAUGAGACCGAAGUUGACUCAAUCAAGAAACACAACAAGCAGAUUGUACAAGAACUCCAAGACUCUGUGCAGAAUAUGAAUACAAGGUUGUCGGAGGUUAAAGAUGAAAACUAUCACUUGCAGUCUAAGUUGCAGGCCGUGAGACAGGACCUCGGGCAUAAAGAUGAUGAGUUGCAGAGACUGAAGCACUCACUGGCUGAUCUUGAAGCUGCUGAUGUCGCACUGCGCAAAGUGAAUGAGAAGCUCGAGCGCAAACUCAAGGAUGACGAAGACAUCACAACGCAGCUCACGGAGAAAUUGUUGCGGUUGGAGCAGGAAUGUUCCAUGUUGAAGACGUCAAAGAAGCAGUCAGAGGAGCGAGUCAACUCACUGCUUGCUCAGUUUGAAAGGUUGGAGACUGACUACGAGGGAAUACGAACCGAAAACCUCACACUCCGAGAUCAGUCAAGACUGCUCAAAGCCGCAUCACUGUACAGGAUGAUGAAAUCUCGUCCAUUGCAGCAGACAAGACA